AACUUGAAGGUUUUUCUUUUCUAGCUUGUGCGUGCUUAAAACAUUUGUUUGUUAGUUGGUUUAUAAUCUGGUUUUGUUUCUGAAUGAUGCUUUGAUGACGUUAAAAUUUUGGGGUUUUCAACUUAGUUGUUUGAUCAAAAUUAGCUUCUUUCUAUAAACUUGUUCUGAACACAUUAUUAGUGGGCAUGGAGUUUCCCUGCUGUUAUGUAAAUCCGGGAUAUUUUUUCUGACAUUUUUAUUGAAAUUUCAAAUCGCUGCGAUAUUCCAUUCUAGAGAAUUGUUCGGUUGGUGCUUUUGAUCUGUGAUAAUCCAAUGUUGGCCAUAAUGCAUCUUAAAUUUCAAUUAAUUGGUUAAGUUGUAUUCUGCCAAUGUAUUCAAAUUUUUCACCAAGGCCCCAAUCACUAUAGCUUUGUGAAUUCAGGAAGGCACUAACAAUUUUCUUUUGCAUCGAUCUGGCAGGCAGCAUCUGGCUGAUUUUGUUCAUUAUGGAUGACAGAGGUGAAAAUAUAUCAUGGGCUGAGAACAUGUUCCAGAAGUUAGAAGAUUUGUACUUGGAAGUUGACGUUGUUCUGCGGCAGGAGAUAAGAAAUGUUGAAACCCAUUUGCAGACAAUCAGUGCCAAUGUGAUCAACUUUUAUAGGGACAUAGUGCUUAAAGAACCCCCUCGGUCAUCUGAUGAUGUAACAACAGAAGAGAGAGCUGAUGACAGUGUUGAUAUUCUAGUAUCUGAUGGUUCAAAACUCUGUAUUUAUGAAGUCCACCAUGAGGAGGAGCCAAAGAAAGAGGUGGCUCAUGACAUUGAUUAUCCGGUCUCUUACACGUCGGAUGAAGAGGAGGAUACAGAGGAAGAGGAAGAUGAUGCUUCUGAAGAUUGCUCCAAGGAGGAUACAGAGGAAGAGGCAGAUGAUGAUUCUCCUGAAGAAGCUACAGAGGAAGAGACAGACGAUAUCUUAAUCAUAGGGAUAGAUACUGAUGAAUGUAAUUCUGAGGAGGAUACAAAGGAAGAGGCAUACUCUGAGGAGGAUUCAGAACCAGAGCCGCUUUUCAGUUAUUUUGUCCCUGGUGCUUCAAAGGCUGCUUCCUAUGAACAACGCAGGAAGUUAAGGCUUGAAUUCUAUGAGACGAUAUUCUCAGCCUUGGUAGAACCCAUUGAUGAAUCUCAGUAUGAUUCUGAAUCACAGCUGAGUGUUGAUAGUGGGGUUUAUGAGACAACAAGUGCAUCAACAGUAUCACCUGUUGCAGGUGAGUCCAUUGAUGAAAAUAUAGACAUGCCAGACAUACCUGCGUUUGAGAUAACCGGGCAGAAUGAGGAUGAGGAGAUGCUGGCACUGACAAAAAGCAAGGCAAAAAAGCUGUUCGGAGUAACAGACGAAGUCCUGGAUGAUGAAUUCUGUGAUUCUGAAUGGGUGCUUGUUCAAGUAUGAGUCUAUGAAAUAAAUAAUAGGUGGUUUAAAUGUUAUUUUGGCUAUUAGAA